UGAUGAUUAAAACGAGUAAUUUUAAUGUAAUAACUUGCUAACAUGUCAAGAGUGUUUAAGGUGUGUCUUAGUAACAUAUUGAGGAAGUUAGUUAAGUUUGCAGAGAGUAAUAUGAGCCGUGCUCGGUUGCAGCUAGCUUCCUACUGCUACGUAGCUGCCAUUUUAUGUCGAUUGUGAAUGAACAUGUGCGUUAAUAAGAUAUUUUGCGGCAUUAUUUGUGUAAUUGUUUUUCAAACACUUUAUUGCCUGUUGAUAAAUUGAGUUAUGGUUUACUGAGUUAAAGCUUUGUGCUUGACAGUUAUAUUGAAAAUAGUAUUUGUUUCAGUGAUGUACAGUGUAUACUGUUGUGACUUGAAUAAAACUAUCUAUUUCCUGUAGAUCUGUUAUUCUGUAAAAUGUGUUACUUAUGUAAAAUGAUUGCACUAAAAGUUCUCAAUGAGUAAACAUUAACCUAUCACUCUUGUGAUUCUUUCCCCCCUUGUUCAGGGGUGUAACACUAAACCACCACCUGCUAAACCACCACCUGCUAAACCACCAUCUGCUAAACCACCACCUGCUAAACCACCACCUGCUAAACCACAAUCUGCUAAACCACCUACUGCCACUGACUACUCUGGAACCUUAUCUGCUGUGGUAGGUUGUGGGCAUGUCAUCCCUGUCAAACUGACCUUGGCCAGUUUCUCCUCCUCCAACACCAGCUUCCCCUCCAGCCAGGGCUCAUCUAGCUCAUCUAUCCCUGCCUUGGUUGACCUUAUAAGGCUGAGAGCUUCAGAAAGUGAUGCAGAGAGUAUGCUCCCCAUCAGCAAAGACACCAACGAAGAUUCAACCCAGGGCUCUGUCAGCUGUACCUCCCUACUCUACAAAGUCAAUGUGAUCUGUCUCACUCAGAGUCCUGACAGUAAGUCCUCCCCAAUCUCCAUUGAAGAACCAGUCAAAACUUGUUGUAGCAGCAGUUCUCUGUCCAGUGAGGAACGAGCACACUCUUCCUCUAGUCAGAUCUCUACUAAGAACCUCCUGGCUACUUGGCCACGUUCUACCAGGCCCCAAUCUGCCAAACCGCCACCUGCUAAACCAUCACGUGCUAAACCAUCACGUGCUAAACCACCAUCUGAUAAACCACCAUCUGCUAAACCGUCACCUGCUAAACCGUCACCUGCUAAACCGUCACCUGCUAAACCGUCACGUGCUAAACCACCAUCUGAUAAACCGUCACCUGCUAAACCACCAUCUGCUAAACCACCAUCUGCUAAACCACCAUCUGCUAAACCACCACCUGCUAAACCACCACCUGCUAAACCACCACCUGCUAAACCACCACCUGCUAAACUACGAUCUGCUAAACCACGAUCUGCUAAACCACCACCUGCUAAACCACCACCUGCUAAACCACCGCCUGCUAAACCACCACCUGCUAAACUACAAUCUGCUAAACUACAAUCUGCUAAACUACAAUCUGCUAAACUACAAUCUGCCAAACCGCCACCUGCUAAACCAUCACGUGCUAAACCGUCAUCUGCUAAACCGUCACCUGCUAAACCGUCACCUGCUAAACCGUCACCUGCUAAACCGUCACCUGCUAAACCGUCACCUGCUAAACCACCAUCUGCUAAACCGUCACCUGCUAAACCGUCACCUGCUAAACCGUCACCUGCUAAACCGUCACCUGCUAAACCGUCACCUGCUAAACCGUCACCUGCUAAACCGUCACCUGCUAAACCGUCACCUGCUAAACCGUCACCUGCUAAACCACCAUCUGCUAAACCACCACCUGCUAAACCACCGCCUGCUAAACCACCGCCUGCUAAACUACAAUCUGCUAAACUACAAUCUGCCACUGACUAUGGAACCUUAUGUGCUGUGGUAGGUCGUGGGCAUGUCAUCCCUGUCAAACUGACCUUGGCCCCUUUUUCCUCCUUACUCUCCAGCGAAGAGACCAACACCAACCUCCCCUCCAGCAGCCGCCCCUCCUCGUGCUCUAUCAAGCUUUUAGACAGAAGGAGUGGCAUUCCUUGCUCCCUGGCUGAGCCCUAUGCGGGAGAAUCAAUAUGCUACUGA